UAAAGAAUAAAUUGUUUACUGACGAAAAUCAAAUUAAGGGCAAGGUUAAGUGACAAAAUUGUCAUAACACCUGAAAUUACGCGGGGAGGGAUCCUCAAAAAUGCAGCCCAGGCCAAGACCUUCAAAACUCUGAUUUGAGACAUGCAUUCUUUUUGAUUUUCUUAGUGGUCUUAAGACGUCUAUUUUAUUAUUAAAAUGUUAAUUGAAACAAAAAGAAAAAUCUAUGUAUUGACUAUUGUUGGAAAAUUUUGGAAAUUAUUUUCAACAUCCAUUGUACACGUAAAGGGAGCAGAAGCCAGGGUACGAUUUGUUGAUUUUGGAAUUUUGGCUCUUGCAAAUUUCAAACUUUCGAUUCAAUUAUUUUUAUUUAACUUUUAGGUCUAGUUUUAUUAACUUACAGAAUCAUGCAUGAAAAUAAGAUUUACUUUUCAUAUAAUUAUUAAUGAUUUGAAAAUAGAUUGUUUAAAUCUGGCAGCAUGAAUUGUAAAUUGCAUUUUGCACGAGCUUAUCAUCAUGAUUUAUUUGUAUAUUUAGACCUGUAAGGCCUACAUGGGCAUAUUAUCAUUUUCUGUAAAACUGGCUGCAUGGCAUUUAAACUGUAUUUUUUUUAAGAUACACAAAUAUGGAGAAACAGUCACAGUUUUCAUAAUUCUAGCAAACCAUGCAUAGUUAUCAUGGGUUUUUUAAGAGCCUGCUUGAAACUAUGUAAGUUGGACGAGGGCUUGAAACAUUUUCUUAUCCUGUGUGUUAUCACAACCGUUGUUCUUCCCAUGAUUUGCACUUCAUUACGAGACUCGAUUUUUUAUAUAAAACCAAUUAACGUAGAUAAAGAAAAAAAACUUUUGAAAAUCAUUGAUUCUAAAAGAUUAAAUGAAAGUCUACGAAUUCUAAAUCUUUCUAAUUCUAAAAAUAUUUAUGAUGGAAGGCCACGUCAUUCUCUGUUUAAAAACCAAAACAUUGACAUAGGUGUCACGAUCAUUACAGUUUCCCGAAACAGACACCAAUUUGAUUUGUAUGAACCAAAGUAUUUAACGCAAGUAGCCGGGAAAAUUGUAUCCUUACUAAAAGAUCCAGCAUUAAAUAAAACCUAUGCUGUUUUUCUGUGCAAUGUAGAUCCUGAUCCAAAUUCAUACACUGAAAUAUCCCCACUUUCAAGAAUACUCCCAACAUUUCAACGUUUCAAUGCAAAAAUACCCCAACAUGUACAUAUUUUGGAGAAAGAAAAACAGGAUUAUUUAUUUUGUUUGAACGAAACAAUGAACAGGAAAGCGAAUUAUACAUUUCUGAUUGAGGAUGAUGCGUACCCAGAUGAUAGGUUAUUUUCUGUCCUGGAACAUGUCAUAGAUAAUAGAAUUGAGAAUAAGUUCUCCGAAUGUAAGUCAAAAGUUCGUGAUGUAACUUAUGUUAAAUUUUACCACCCUACACGGUUACUGGGAUAUUACAGUUUGGAAGUGGAAAGGAUUCUAGAGUUAAUAUCAAUCAGUGUUUUAUUUGGAACCAUAAUGUGUCAAAGUUACGCGUACCUUUAUAUCAAAUCAAAAUACAGCAUGAACAAAAUGUGGUUCCUGUUUACAGUUUAUUCCUGCCUGGUUGCCAUAGCAAUCGGACGUCAGAACAUCAUGGAAUUUCGACGCGUUUCUAGUAGUUUAUUUCAAGUGACACCUGCACCCUCCUGUUGCACACCAGCCUUAUUAUUUACACAACAUGGAGGUCAAAAGGUCAUGGAAUAUAUGCAGAAUGUAAGAUGUAGAUAUAAUUAUGCUAAAGAUAUGGUUUUAGAAGAUGUUAAACGCAAACAUGGACUGGUUGGUCUAUUAGUUCAACCCAAUUUAUUUAAACAUAUAGGACUUUAUUCAUCUUUACGAUCAAAGGUUUUAGAUCCAUUCAUUGUCUAAUCUAUUUCAUUUAUUUCCUAUAAAGUGGCUCAGUGAAUAAGAUGCUGGCUCACUUCCCAGUAGCUUGGUGAUUCCAUUCUGGUCUUGGUCGAGAAAGGUUCACUGGUUUUCCCAUAUCAAUGGUGCAGGACCCAAUCAGUUUAAAACACAGAUCCUAUUUCGUUUUGUUUUUAUAGUUCAAAAUUUCGUUUUACUUGUCUUUACUACACUUGGAUCUGGAAGAGUUGUUAUUUAACUUGUGUUCUGAAUGGUGUCGGGGAUAAGCCAAUGAAACGGUCUGUUAUGGCGAGCUUUAGGCGUGUUUUCACGGAACUGUGGGUAAUCCACUCGUAACAUCAAUGCUGAUUGGUUAAUCAAAUAUCUGACGUCAUAGGGUCAUAAGUCGAUCUUUUGACCCCUGACGUGACCUAUCGCUAUAACUUGUCAGAUCUUCAUGUAGUGUAGGCCAUCGAAAGUAUAAAAAAAACGUAAUGAAAUAUAGAUCUGUAUUUUAAUCAAAUUGGCAGGACGGAGCGAUGUCUCUUGUCAGUGGUGCAGGACGACUGGGCCUGGCAAAUGGCAAGGAACAGCAAUUAGUGAGCCUGGUCAUUCAAAUGAGACGAAAAAGCGGGCUACAUUUCACGGGGGAUUUACAAAUUCAAAUUAUCUGUCCGUGAUGAUUUGAUUGGCUAUGUGGGUUUUUUCUACGAACCAAUCAAAAACAGAUUACACACGAGUCUUAACAUCAUUGUUUAUCUUCACCACAAUACAGCAGCUUGUACGUUCAGUUUUGAGAAACGUGACUUCCUGCUUAGUGAGCCAGCGCCUUACUCACUGAGGCACUACAGCCCCCGCCUCAUUGAAAGUAAAUAAUAAAUGAUAAAAUUGUUCUUCUCAAGAAAAUACCAAAUUAAACAGACUUUUUCUCUAGGUUGAUGAUGUAAUAUGUUAACCUCAGAUAUCCAGAUAAUUUAACAAUUUACAACAUUAACACAGUUUUUAUAAGCCCACAUUUCUUUGUGGGUGUGUAUUACACUGUCACCCUGUCCGUCAGUCUUAUUAACAUGUUAUUUCUGUAUAGCUAUAUGUUUUAACCCUUUAAGUAAAAAUGACAAAAAAAAAGUAAUUAUUUUAUACAACUGAAUAGAGGAAUUCAAGAUCUUUCCAAAUAUAUACACAUUUGUAUGAUCUAUUCAUAAAUUUAAAGAGUUACAGGAUAUAUUCUUAACUAUAUGCUUUUCCUAGUCGAAACCCAGAAACAAUCCGAUAGUUACAAGGUUAACAUAUUACACAGAAAGUUAACAGCAUUUGCUGUGUUUUAAGCUUAAAUUCUUUGAAAUUUUAAUUUUAUAAGAUGUAAAUACACUGACAGUUCUGUUCCCAAGCCAGUAACUUUUUCGCUGCCAGCCAGUCAGGACAGGUUGACAUGACUGAAUCAAAAGCCCUGAUAGACACUGCUUGGAAUUAUCAAAUACAGUUUUGUCUUAUGUUUCUGGCAUGAACGGACAAAUUUAGAUGGCUGUAAGUUGAGCUUUGCAUGGCGGGUUAGAUGGCCGAAUGGUUAGCAUGUGCGUGCUGUAUCAUAAGGUCUGUUAUUGAGUCAACCCGAUUUCCCUCUUUCUCUGAGCUUUGCAUGUUAUUUGGUUUUCAAUCAAGGGUUUAGAACAAGAAUAUUUUGUCCAGUAGCUUAAACAUAUUUUCCAAUCAAGGGUUGUAUGUGAAAGAAAGAUUAGGUAACGUUUAGUGCAAUUUGUUUUAAUUAACAAAAGUAUUAAUUAUAAGAUUUUUCUGGUUCUGAUUUUCAGUGCCGCUCGGAAAUUUUAAAACCGGCAAAAACCUAAAAGGGUAAAAAAAAAAAAAAUGUUGAUCAACCUGUAUUUUCUUAAUCUGAUUAAAACACAGAUCCUAUUUAGUUAAAAAAAAUUUGUUAUGGGAUCUGGAAGAGUUGUUAUAUUACCGGUGUUUUGGUUGAAGUGAGGGAUUAGUCAAUAAACAGUCUUUUACGGGGGAGUUCUUUUAGUGUUUGAUGUACGGAACUGAGGAUAAACCACUAGAAACGUCAGCGCUGAUUGAUUAAUCAAUGUCUGACAUCAUAGGGUCAAAAGGUGCUCGUACACCCCCCGAUACGACCUUCCAGUACAACCGGUGAGAUCUUCAUGUAGUGUAGGCCAUCGAAAGAUUAAAAAAUCUCUAUCUUAAUCAGAUUGGUAUUGUAUGUAUGGAUAUGUUUUGAAUUGUUUUUUAAUUUGACUUUCUUUUUUUGUGUAAUAUAUAAAUAUAAAAUAUUAUCUAAUUAGAUUGUUAUUCACCAGUUAAUAUGAAAUCUAGAGAUCUAUAUGUUAUUAUUGUUAUUUACCAAUAUGUAUCAUAUCUAUAUGUUAUUAUUGUUAUUUACCAACAGGUGUUUUAUGAAAUACCAUCUUAUUGUGUUCUGUGUGCAGUAUAUGUUGUUAUUGUUAUUUACCAACAGGUGUUUUAUGAAAUACCAUCUUAUUGUGUUCUGUGUGCAGUAUAUGUUGUUAUUGUUAUUUACCAACAGGUGUUUUAUGAAAUGCCAUCUUAUUGUGUUCUUUGUGUAGUACUGUAAUCGGUAUAAAUGUAAAUAUUAUCUAAUUAUUACCUGUUAUAUUGGCCAUUCAAUAUGUCAUAUUAUCUAAUUACCUCCUGAUAUUGACCAGUGAAUAUAUCAUAUUAUCUAAUUACUACCUGUAUAUUAGUCAGUCAAUAUGUCAUAUUACCUAUUUACUCCCAGUUAUAUUUGCUAUUGACUGGUCAAUGUUACUGUUUUAAAGCAGCUAAACCUUUAUUCAGAUAACUUGAAUGCAAAUUGAUUUGUAUUAAAUUUCUUAAACUGUUAUUCUAAUUUUUUUAUCAGUAAUGUGUACUUAAUAUUGGAUAUCAGAAGCCCACAUUAUUGAAUUCAUGUCAGAAUAUUAUGGAUAAUAUUGGGUUAUUAUAAAUAUUUAAGUGAGGGUGGGGGGGAUAUUUGUUGGUUUUUGUCUUGUUUAUUUUGAUUUUAAAAACUGGGUGUUUGUGGUACUUAAUAGAAAUUGACACAAAUGGGUCGCAACGCAUAUAAUAUGUAAUAUGAAUGUAUAUAAACUGAUUUACAUUCAAUCAUUUCUGUUUUUACUGUAAUUUCAAAUUAGUUAUGUUCAGCGAAAUAUGCCAGAAGUCUCAAUCGAAUGGCAAUCUCAAGCGUCUGGUUAUUCCAAUCUACAACGAUAGUAUUUAUUGCGCAACGUCUCCAGGUAAGAAUAUGAGGUCACCGUUUUACAUGACUUGUGGAAUAUGUCUAGCCUUGUUUCUUUGAGUCGCUUGUUACAAAUGGUGUUGAAACGCAUCAUAGUACACGAUUCGUGUACCAAUGGUAAAAUGUUUAUUUUGUUUUAAAUAUUGCUGUCAGAAUCCCAUCGUUUCCCGGUAAGAUCACAAAAUCAAUGUUGAUUUAAAUUGACAAAUAAUUUGUGUUUUCAAUGUCAAAGACUUUGGAUGAUAUUGAGUUAGAGACUUAGCUACUUUAAAAUUGGUAUCUAUAUAUAUAUAUGUAUAUAUAUUUAUAUAUAUAUAUAUAUUUUUAUUAUUUUAAGUAAAUGAAUAACUUCUAUUAAAAUGUGUCCAUCUCUCACUGGUGUAUAAAUCUCUAUUUUCUGAAUAAUGUUGUUAAAUCUACAGGAAAAUAUGGCUGUGUAUUGACUGGGGGAUAAAAGUUGAUUUUUUGAUUAUUUUUUUUAAGAACUCAGUUCUGUGACUAAAUUCCUUUUCUAUUAAAUAUGAAGGACAGUAAUUAUCUUUAAUGCAAUUUUACCUAAUUAAUGGCACAAAAUCAAAAUCAACCCUUUUAUAUUUUUUGAAAUAUCUUUUUAUAUACAUGUAUAUUUGUUAUUCACACCAAUAUAUUUAGUAUUUGUACUUUAACCAUAAUAUAUAUCCUUCGUGUAUAUUACUAAUUGAUUCUAACCAUAAUAUAUAUCGUUUAUGUAUAUUACUAUUUGAUUUUA